GGUGAUUUCAUCAAGGAACAGGACAAAGAGAAGGCACUUCCUAUUUGUUGUACAUGUCUACGUAUCUUAUUUCGGUUCAAGAUCAUCAGAGUGUCAGAUGUCAGAAGUAAGCGAGGAUAUGGAGAAUACAGACCUGCUUGGUCUAAUCUUCCCAGAUGAAGACCCAGGAUCCGGAGAUCUGUUCCUCACAGAGGGGAAUAACUUGCUGGAGGAUUUGCUUUCAGAGCAAGAUAUGCUGAGUGGAAUGGAUACAGAGGACUUUCUCAGCAGUCUUCUGGGUGAGGAAGAGGACGGCCUGACUAUCAACUGUUUGUCUCAGUCUCCUCAUGGCAGCGACAGCGGCAUCUCUGAGGACACCACCCCUCCACACGAUAGCAGCGAGACAGACACCGUCCCCAGUCCACGCAUCGAGCCUCUGCUUUACUCCGAGUGUAUGACGGAGAGCUACGAGGCCCAGGUGGUGCAGACAGACCACUGCUACACCCUCCCACAGGACACAGACGCCCUGCUGAGCGUCCGAUCAGAGAACCCUGAGUCUGAUGUCUUCAUAGAUGUCGAUGAUUUGGAUAUGGAUAUGGAUGAUGGCUUCUCCCCAGAGCUGCCCUGCUCACUCACGAUUGAAGACUCCACACAAAGCAGCAAACCAGACAACCAGUUCCAGUUCAAAGAGAUUGUUUUGACUGAUGAGGAGAGGAGACUUCUGGCGAAAGAAGGUGCAACCAUUCCAGCUCAUAUGCCUCUUACAAAGGCAGAGGAACGGACCCUGAAGAGGGUGAGGAGAAAGAUCCGGAAUAAGCAGUCUGCUCAGGAGAGUCGCAAGAAGAAGAAAGUUUAUGUUGAUGGCCUAGAGAACAGGGUUGCGAUCUGCACUGCUCACAAUCAGGAAUUACAGAAGAAAGUUGAGAUGCUGCAGAAACAAAACAUGUCCCUUAUUGAACAGCUGAGAAAACUGCAGGCUAUGGUGAAAAUGUCCACGAUAAAAACCACCACGACUAGCACUUGUAUUAUGGUGUUCCUGCUUUCUUUCUGUCUGAUCAUUUUCCCCUCAGUCAAUCCUUUUGGCAGCAGCAAUCAGAAAGAUCUGUAUACGUCAUCUACAGGAAUGUCUCGAGCCCUGCGGUCUUAUCCAGCUAUCCUGAAAGAUGACAUUAUAUCCACGUCUGCUAAAGAAGUGCCAGAGCAGGAUGUCCUCCUCAUGGCCACUGUAGAGAAUAACCAGGUGCUGCUGUCCGGCGCUCAGAACCACACACCUGACUACCAGCGGGUCGAGCAGUCUGACUCUGAGUCUGGGGUCAACAGCAACUCCUCCGCUGACUUCCCCAGUCCUGCCCAGUCAGAUCUCAAAGCGGACGCAUCUCUCUCAGAGUCCCACAGAAACUCAGCUGCGUCUCCGGUGAUCUACGACGGCCAGAGCAAAACCAAGGAGAGCUGGAUGGAGCAGAAACCCACGACAGUUAUAAUACAACAGCACCGAUCUGAUGAAAUGUAGGAGAGCAUCUAAAACAAAACUUGCUUUGUUUUAGAUGAAAGAUCAGUAUAGCCAUUUUCUCUUCAUUGUAGCAUCCCAGCCUGACCCCUUUUUGCUUAAUUUGUAUUUUGUACAUGGAUCUACUGUCAUGCUAUAAUAGCACUUUUUUAUACCCAGCCAUUUGUUAGGACAUUAUUGUUCUAUUCAUCUGCGCACAAAUUAUGAUUCUUUUUCAAUGGAAACGUGAAGGAGUCGUG